GCCUCCGUGUUGCUCGUCGUUCGUCGUUGAUGUCUCUGACUGACGAGCGGAGGAGCUGCAAUCGUUGCUGCUGCGAAGUCUUUCCAACACGAAGAGCACGCAGUCUUGGAUCCCGGCGCUGAUAGGCCUGUGCAACGGUGGUGGAGGUCUCUGCAGAUCGACUUUUAGUGUCGUCGUUUCUGGUUCAGCAGCGGCGUUUGGAAAUCGGCCCACUGAAGCUCGGCGUCCUGCGACUGCGCUUGUCAUUUUUAGAUGCGGAGAGGUGGGACAGGAGGAUGAUGAUGAUGAUGAUGAUGUGAUUGUCUGGUAUUGGUCUUUAUUUUUAUCCCGAAGGUUUUGUCGUUGUUUCCUUCUGCGGAUGUGGCAACUUCCUUCCCUUCACCUAGUCGCUCGCCUUGUGGAGAACUCGUGCGAGCAUCGAUUGGAUUGUGUGAUUCUCAGGAAUUGAUUGAUCGCUCUACCAGACAAGGGAUUUCGAGUGCGUUGCGGUUUUGCAAAAAAAUUCGCGCACACUCGGUGCAUGGUGUGAUUCAAUUGAAGCGUUCGGGUACGCACUGAAGCGGACUGUGCACUAGCGGGGCCAUUUUUAUUAGCGCCUCUCUGCCUUAGCUUUUUUUUUUUUUGUUUUUUUUUUUUUUUAAAUUGCGCAAGCCGUUCUCUCCCUUUGUCGUCGAACUUAAUCUUGCAAUCUUAUGGAGAAGAUAAGUUGCUGUCGAAUGCAUCGGAUGGAAGAGAUUAUCAAGAGAGGAUAAGACGGAGCACUGAAUCAACAUUCGCAAUCUUUCGUUCUUUGAGAGCUCCAGGGCCAGCAUUUUAUACAACGUAAAUAGGAUAGUAAUAUGGACAGGGACGAGGGAGACGCUGCAAUGUGCAUACCCGCAGAGGUGGACAAGUAUAUUCAGGAAUCAGUCAGCCACUUGUUAGAGCCUUGCUCUUGUCAGGAUUAUUGGGAGGUGAAGUUCGCGGAAGCUGUGGAUUCUCAGCGCCAAUUGCAGGAACAAGUUUACAUCCUUCUACACCGGCUGGAGGAGGCAAAUAUGAGAUGUACAAAAUCCAGGGAGGAAGCUGCUCUGAAUGCGCAAGCAUUAAAGAGACAAAUAUCUGAAACCCAGAGACUUGCGGCAGAAUGCAAAUCUCUGACUCUAGAUUGCGAAGCGCUGACACAAGAAUGUGCACGCUUAGAAAGAGAGUGUAAUUUGUAUCACAAUGACCGAGAAGUGUUUAUGGAAGUUGCUGAUGAAGCUGAGGAGCGGGCAACCCAAGCGGAAGAAAGGGCUGAUGAGGCGAAUCGAAGGCUGGAAGAGUUGUUGGAGGAACUACAAAAUAUCAGGAGUUGCACUGCAGUAGUGCACCCCUUGCCAACAGAGAACGCAGAUGAGGAGGAUGCAGCUAUCUUAAGAUUGAAGAUUGCAGAUUUGGAAUCUCAACUUCAAAAGCUUCAAGUGGAGGCAGAGACUGUUAGGUCCUGUGCUGAUAUAGAAAACAAUAAGGCUUAUGACUUAUUAAGAGAGGAGAACUCGAGGCUGGAAAUCCUGCUCUCUGAAUCAAAUCAGCGGUACGAAGAAACUUCUGUAGAUCUUGAUAGAAUUCGGGAACUGUGUACGAAAAUGGAGAAUGCUAGGGAUGAGAUGAGUGUUUCCAACAUGAUAACAUCUGCAAUCUCAGCUGGAGUGAUUAGGGCAGUAGAGCAGGAACGGGAAGAAGCGAUAUCAACUCUUAACCUUCAGUUCAAGGCCAUCUUAAAACGCAUGCAAGGAGAGUUUCGAUCCAGUCGGGAAAGGCUUUUGAAGAAAUGGAAUGAAAGUGAAGGAGGCCGUGAAAGGACAAAGUUGGCCGAGAAAAGCAUGAAGUCUUUGCUUAUGGAAGCAGACGCAUUGAGACGGGAAGUGGCAAUUUGCCGAGAUAAUCUUGACAAAUCUCAAGAGCAGAUACACUUGUUAUCAGAGGAGAAUAGGGAACUUCGAUUGCUGCUGAAGGUCAAAUGCAAUUCGUGUUUGGGAUAUACAGCAUCUCCCUUCGGUUCUAGAGGAGUAAGGCUUAUAACCACACUGCAUGCUUGGCACAAGUGCUUCCAGCCCCUCGGUGUGUACUCUCCGCGAAAUAGUUUCAUGAAAAGCGAAAAGCUUCAGGAUGAACUUGCAGGAGACGUAAUCAUGAAUUUGCCACCGGGAGCUGUCGGAGCUGCUCGUAGCCCAUUCACUCCGCUGCGUAUGAACUACAUCCACACAAAACCUCUUCAUGCAUAGAAUCUUCAUAUCUGUUGUGGCAGUAGUAGUUCCCAUUUUUUCAUUGUCAGCUAGCUCUGUGGUCCUUCAUGGAAAUCCCCAGGACUUAAAUGAAUGUCCUGAUUGGAAAGGUGUUUGCCAAGAGUCCGUUGGCUUUUGAUGUACAGUCUUUUCCUCAAUACCUUCAAAAGGUUUCAAAAUACAAACCGCAAUUUUCUGCAUCUCAGCCA